CGUCGAAGAAGAGCUCAAUGUAUUUCAUUUCCUCCUUACCUGCCCGAACGUCAUUAGCACUUUUAAAUUCGUAACAACCAAAUUUACUUGGUUUAUAAUGUAAAGUUUUAGCAGAAUAAUAUUUAAGGUUUUCAUUCAUUGAUUUUUGUUUUAAAUUAGUGUUCACAUGCUGAGGAAGAGCCGUAAUAUUUCGUCGGUGCAGUGCAGUCACAAGUCUUUUAGUGAUAAUUAGUUUGAUAGUUUUAACAAACGGUUUUCCAUAAGCUAGCAAGCCGCGUCGACUUUGAAUUUGAGUAGUUUCGUGAGGUUUUACACCAAGAUUCCCCCUGGACGACAUAUAUGACAGCUCCAAGUCGAUGCAGAUUAUCCUAAAAAAUGGAAAGCAGGAACUUCUGUUCCUCGGGCGACCCCGAGCUCCUGGGCCAGGACUCGCGUUCUGCGGUGAGCCGUUUCCAACAGCGUUACUGGAAAACCAAGCAGACGCUCAUCAGGGUGAGCGGCACAAAAGAGGACCAACACGUGGUGGCCUCAGACGCAGAACUGGAUGCCAAGCUGGAGGUGUUUCACUCCAUCCAGAGGACGUGCAUGGAGCUGCUGAAGGUGAUCGAACAGUACCAGAGGAGGAUCUGCUUUCUUUCCCAGGAGGAGAACGAGCUGGGUCGCUUUCUGCGCUCUCAGGGCUCUCAGGACAAAAGCCGUGCGGGAAAGAUCAUGCAGGCCACGGGCAAAGCGCUCUGCUUCUCCUCCCAACAGAGAACGGCGCUGAGGAAGCCCCUGUGCCGGCUGUACCAGGAGGUGGAGACGUUUCGCUUCCGGGCCAUCUCGGACACGUGGUUGACGGCCAAGCGCAUGGAGCAGAGCCGCACCGAGUACAGAGGCGCUCUACUGUGGAUGAAGGACGUCUCCGCCGAGCUGGACCCAGACACGCGCAAGCAGAUGGACAGGUUUCGCAAGGUUCAGGCGGAGGUCCGCUGCACUAAGCGUAGCUUCGAUCAGCUGAAGACGGACGUGUGCCAGAAGGUGGACCUGCUGGGAGCCAGUCGCUGCAACCUGCUGUCCCACGUGCUGGCCACCUACCAGACCACUCUGCUGCACUUCUGGGAGAAGACCUCCCACACCAUGGCCGCAAUUCACGAGAACUUCAGGGGCUGCCUGCACCACGAGGAGCCAUCAAGGGAAAAGAAGAAGAAGAGGAAGAAAAGUAGAGUACAGAAAAAAGAUGAAGACAAUGCUGCUCAGGAAGAACUUGUCUCAUUGGGGGAUGACGGCAGAAGCAGUACAACAAAAGAAGGAGAAACGUGUGAAUCAUCCUGGGAGCUUGCAGAAGAGGACAAGGACGGCUCGGCCUUGCUGGAGGAGAUCCUGGGAGGCUUGACGCUUCACGACCCCGCCCCCUUGUCCCGACAGUGGAGUCCGGUGUUUGGAGACACCCAGGACGGAAUCGCCGCGGCUGCAGAACCACGCUCACUCUUUCUACCGUCUCAGCUUCUGGACCAAAACUUGAACCAAGCUGCUCAACUCGCAGCUUCAGAGAGAGGCGGGACCACCUCGCAACCUGUCGCCAUGGGAAUUGAGCGCCCCCAAGAUGCCAGUGGAUUUAAAGCAGGGAGCUCUUCCGGUCCAUCCAAGGACCUGUCGGCAUGGUUCAAUCUGUUUGCAGACUUGGAUCCCCUGGCCAACCCGGACACAAUCGGAAAAAGUCACGCUGAGCAACAACUUCACAAUGCUUAGCUAGGUACGUGGCCAUCCACGCUAACUGGCCAGCCUCCUACCAAGCCAUAGCAAACAUUCAAGGGAUGUCAUUUGUGCUUCCUGUUAAGAGUGAGAAAUGCAAACGGAAUGAGCUUCAGACUGGAUUUAAGUGGACGUAUUAUUAUUUUAGCCAAGCCAAAGACGACCACGCGCUCUGUCGACCCUGGCGUGUUGGAAAUAAGACAUAUCAUGACAAUACA